UGUCAAAGUGAAAGCCCCUAAAGCCUUCACUUCCCAUUUCAGUUCGUUGCCUACCUCAGACCUAGUUAGACCUCAGCUCUCGAUUUUGUGCUAUUUCCCGGCGGUAACGCGAAAAAAAUAAAGUAAAAAAAACCGUAAAGCUCCAAGAUGUGUGGUGGCUGGGCCUGUUCUUCCUACGGACUUGCCUGCUGCAAUGGUCCGUUGUCGACACUUCGCUUCACGGGACGGUGCCUGACCCCUACGCCUUGCGGAGCCUGCGACAGCUGUUCGGCCUGUGGCGGAGGCGGAUGCUGUGGCGGCGGGUGCUGUGGAGGCGGAUGCUGCUGGUAGAGUUUUCUCGGUAUCGAAUGGCCUUGGAUAUGCAUUCUAUCAACCAUCCUA